UCCCAUUCUGCAAAGACAUGGCCCCAACUAGUCUCGAUGCCAACAGCACAACGCUGAGCAUGAAGCUACUGGUGGACACCAAGGGCGGGCGUGUGCUGUACGCCGAGGCGAGCAAGGACGUCGUCGACUUCCUCUUCUCCCUCCUCACCCUGCCCCUCGCCACGGUCGUCAAGAUCCUGAGCCAGGACGCCGUGGUCGGCUCCAUCGGCAACCUCUACGGCAGCGUCGAGACGCUGGACGAGACCUACGUCCGCUCGGCCGGAGCUAGUGCCGAAGGUGGCAAGCUGCUCCAGCUGCCAGAGGCAGUGGAGUCCUCUACUGAAUUUUACCGGUGCUGCAACUCCAGUACUCCACCUAUGCAGAGUGCCUGA